GCCACGGAAACAUAAAAAAAAAAAAAAAAAUCUACGCGUUAUCGCCUUCCUCGUUUCUCCUUCCCUUCACCCUCGCCAUCACCACCACAUCCCGCCAUGCCGCCGCCACCGCGGCCAGCUCCCUUCCGCGCUGGCCGCGCCAACCUCUUCUCCUCCCCGCCACCUCCCCUCCCUAACCGCCAUAAUCCCCAGCACAGGUCCCUCCCCCUCCCGCCCCUUCCCCCUCGCCGCCGCCGCCCUAUGAACCACGACGAGCCACCUUCCCAAGAACAGAAACUGAGAGACCCCGUUCCAAGAACCACCACCACCAUCAAUCCAGCCUUUCGAACGGCCCACCUCCGCACCUCGUACCGGAAGCCCUUGCCCCCCGCCGCGGCCGCCGGCGAGGGCGAGGCCCUCCUUGCGGCCGACCCGACCGACGCCGCCGCGGGGCGCGCCGUCGUCGUGGGCCCCUCGGGCGUCUCCUUCCGCCUCCCCGGCGCGCCGUUCGACUUUCAGUUCAGCUACUCUGAGGCGCCCCGCGCCUCGCCGCUGGCCAUCCGGGAGCCCGCGUUCCUGCCUUUCGCUCCGCCGACCAUGCCGCGGCCGUGGACGGGAAAGGCGCCUCUGCUGACCAAGGAGGAGAAGGCGCGCCGCCGGGGCGUGCGGCUGCACACGCCGCUCGGGCAGGAGCCGCUGAAGAUUGUGAGCGCGCACGGGAUCAUGAUGGAGGUGAGGGGAAGGAGGCAGAUGGACCUGGCCAGGGUGAGCGCCGGCGAUGGAAGGAGCCGGGAGGAGGUGCUCGGGGAGCCGCUCAGCCCCGCCGAGGUGCGCGCGCUCGUCAAGCCCCACAUCUCGCACAACCGGCAACUCAACAUUGGUAGGGAUGGCUUGACCCACAACAUGUUGGAAAUGAUACAUUGUCACUGGAGGCAUCAGGAAAUCUGCAAAGUUAGAUGCCGAGGAGUUCCAACUGUUGAUAUGAACAAUAUCUGUUAUCACCUUGAGGAAAAAUCAGGUGGCCGGGUAAUUCACCGAGUAGGUGGUGUUGUUUUCCUAUAUAGAGGAAGAAAUUAUGACCCACGCACUCGUCCUCGCUAUCCGCUAAUGCUUUGGAAACCUGCUACUCCUGCAUAUCCAAAACUCAUCAAGGAAGCUCCAGAAGGGCUUACAAAAGAAGCAGCUGAUGAAAUGAGAAGGAAAGGGCGUGAUCUACUGCCAAUUUGUAAAUUAGCAAAAAAUGGAAUAUAUAUCAAUCUUGUCAAGGAUGUUCGAGAUGCUUUUGAAGGAAAUGACCUUGUCAAGAUUGACUGCGAGGGGUUGAAUCCAAGCGACUACAAAAAGAUAGGAGCAAAACUAAGGGAUCUUGUUCCUUGUGUUCUUUUAUCCUUUGAUGACGAGCAGAUAGUAAUGUACAGAGGCAAGGAAUGGAAGUCCAGAUACUCGAAGCCUCUGACUCUAAUUCCAAAAGUUCCAAAUAAUAAUCUGGCAAUGCCAUCUGCCGGGAGUCAGUCAGAUACAUAUGAAGCCACCGAUGCGGACACUCAAGUCCCAACAAGAGAAGUAUUGGGAUCGAAAAUUUUUAAAUUGUGGAAGAGUGCAUUGGAGUCAUCUCUGGCAUUGUUGCUGGAUGAUGCUGAAGCAAACGCUCUUACACCUGACUCACUUCUUAUGAGGGUGGAGAAGUCCAGUGUUACAUCUCAAGCAGCGGAGCACUUAUUUACGGCUCUGCUUGUGGCCAAUGGUGAGGGGAACACUGAAGCUCUAAGUGCUGAAUACAUAAACGAUGAGUCUGAAACUAGGAGUGCUGGACACCAGGAGGAUCAGUUCGAGCAAUCACCUGAUCUCAGCGGCGAUGAACAUUUUGAGUUUGACAUGCUUGAGCGUUUGGAGUCAUCAGCGCCACUGGGAUCACUACCGAUCGACACUAUGAUAGAGCAGCUGAACAGUGAGUGAACUAUAAUCAGCAGUUCAGGCCAUUAGGGCAAUUAUAAUCAGCAGUUUAGAUUGCAUUCUCGGAUUGCAUAUCCAUUUUCUGCCAUCCUCCAAUGGCAGUCAGGUGAUCACAAAUAGCUGAGAAGUUUCAGCAAUUUGCCUGCAAACAUGAUGUAAAGAAACUAAUUGUAGUCUGCAGAUUCACCCACUUGUAAAGAAAUCUGAUCACAUGUCGCAACUGUGCGUAGAUACUACUUUGCAAUGUGUAAAACUAGCAAGAUACCCACACGAUGUCGCGGCUAGAUUUGAUCAUAUGUUUAUUUCAUUGUGCACUAAUCUAUAAUAUCUAUACAAUUCGUACUCACUAAUGC